AUGUCCCUCAUCCCAUGGCUCCGGUGGAACGAGUCUCCGCCACGGCUGUCGUCUCGGAGUCCGGCUCAGAUGGUGCUGGAGACACUCAUGGUGGAGCUGGAGGGGCAGAUGCGAGAGGCUGAGAGGCAGCAGUGGGAGCGCAGCAAUGCCGUCAGGAAGAUCUGCACUGGAGUGGACUACAGCUGGCUGGCCAGCGCGCCCCGGCCCACCUACGACCUCAGCCCCGGGGAGAGGCUGCAACUAGAGGACGUCUGCGCCAAGAUCCACCCAUCCUACUGUGGGCCCGCCAUCCUCAGGUUCCGGCAGCUGAUGGCAGAGCAGGAGCCCGAGGUGCAGGAGGUGUCCCGGCUCUUCCGCUCGGUGCUGCAGGAAGUCCUGGAGAGGAUGAAGCAGGAGGAGGAGGCGCACAAGCUGACCCGUCAGUGGAGCCUGCGGCCCCGCAGCAGCCUGGCCACCUUCAGGAGCCGCGCGCGCAUCACCCCCUUCGCCAGCGACAUCCGCACCAUCUCCCAGGACGUGGAGCGGGACGCGCCGCCGCUGCACCGUACCUGGAGCAUGCCAGAGUUCCGGGCACAAAAAGAGGACUGA